GAGAACCCUCAACUUGUUAAGGACGGGGACUUUAUACUGGGGGGAGUCUUCUCUUUUCAUGUCAGCUGGAAUGAAAUAGAGACUGCUUAUAUGGAAAAACCUCUGCGCCUACAGUGUACCAGAGAGUUCCAGUUAGUCCAGGCAAUGCUUUUCACCAUUGAAGAGAUCAAUAACAGAUCAGACAUACUACCAGGCAUUUCGCUGGGCUAUAUAAUUUAUGACACAUGUGGAUCCAUUGCUAGAAGUGUUAAAGUGUCCCUGGCCUUGGUUAACGGUAAUGAAAAUGUGUCUGCAACUUCUGAGACAUGUACAAGAGCGGCACAAGUACAGGCUAUAAUGGGAGAGGCAUCGUCAUCUCCAAGCAUGGCUAUAGCUACUGUAAUUGGACCAUUUAAUGUCCCACUGAUAAGUCAAUUUGCCACAUGUGCUUGUCUCAGUGACAAAUCCAAGUAUCCCUCAUUUCUCAGAACAAUACCCAGUGACUACUAUCAAAGUAGAGCACUGGCCCAGUUGGUGAAGCACUUUGGCUGGACUUGGGUUGGAGCUGUUAGAACCAAUGACGAUUAUGGCAAUAAUGGCAUGGCUGCAUUCACAGAAACUGCAGCACAGUUAGGCAUUUGCCUUGAAUAUUCUCUAGCCUUUUUCAGAACAGAUCCAUGGGACAAGACACAAAAGAUAAUUGAAAUUAUCAAGUCUUCAACCUCAAGGGUGAUUAUUGCUUUCCUCUCCCAAGCUGACAUGGAUGUUUUCCUACAUGUGCUUUCCAGCCACAACAUGACCGGCUACCAGUGGGUCGGCAGUGAGGCUUGGAUCUUUGAUUUUCAAAGUGCCUCGAGAGAUAAUAAUCACAUCUUAGAUGGAGCCAUAGGCCUUUCCAUCCCGAAAGCAAAUGUCAGUGGUCUCAAAGAGUUCAUACUCAAUGUGAAACCACUCUAUAUGACAAACAACGACUUGUUUAUUGAGUUCUGGGAGGCAUUAUUCGACUGCAAGGUCAAACAAUCAAAUUCAGAUGAGAUCCAGAGACUCUGCACUGGACAUGAGAAUCUAACUGGAGUGGAAAACAGCUUCACUGACAUGUCACUCAUGCCCAUGUUUAACAAUAUGUAUAAAGGAGUGUAUGCAGUGGCCCAUGCUCUCCACAAUGUUCUAAGUUGCAAUAACACAUGUAACAAUAAAACACUGCUAGAUCCACUCUUGAUUUUACAGAAUAUAAAAAGAAUACACUUCAAAACAAAGGAAGGAGAUGAAGUUUACUUCAAUGAGAAUGGAGAUCCAGCUGCCAAAUAUGAAAUUAUAAACUGGCAGCCUAAAGAAAAUGGCCCUGUGGACUUUGUCACAGUCGGUUUUUAUGAUGCCUCUUUACCUGCCGACAAACAGAUGAAUGUGCAACAGAAGUCUAUAAUCUGGGCACGGAAUUCAGCGCAGGUACCUGUUUCGGUUUGCAGUGAGAAGUGUCCCCCAGGAACACGUAAAGUUCUCCAGAAAGGAAAACCCAUGUGUUGCUUUGAUUGUAUAAGUUGUGCAGAGGGAGAAAUAAGCAACAGCUCAGAUUCUGUCACCUGCGUUAGGUGCCCAAUUGAAUUCUGGCCAAACAGAAGAAGAGAUGCCUGUAUACAGAAGGAGGCUGAGUUUCUGUCACAUCAAGAAAUGAUGGGAGCAUUGCUCACUGUAGCAUCUGUAGUCGGAACGUGUAUGACUGUGGUUGUUGCACUAAUUUUUGUCAGAUACCAAAAAACUCCUCUUGUGAAGGCAAACAAUUCUGAGCUGAGUUUCCUGCUGCUCUUCUCCUUAACCUUGUGUUUCCUCUGCUCUCUGACCUUUAUCGGAGAGCCAUCUGAGUGGUCCUGUAUGCUACGCCACACAGCAUUUGGCAUCACCUUUGUACUUUGCAUCUCUUGUGUUCUGGGGAAAACUAUGGUGGUCUUAAUGGCAUUUAAUGCAACACUCCCAGGCAGAAAUGUGAUGAAAUGGUUUGGGCCUACACAGCAGAGGCUUGUCGUUCUGGGAUUCACACUUAUACAAGUUCUUAUUUGUAUCCUCUGGUUAACAAUUUCUCCUCCAUUUCCAUCCAGGAAUUUUAAAGAAAUCAAGGACAAAAUAAUCUUGGAGUGUGCUCUGGGUUCAGCUACAGGUUUCUGGGCUGUGCUUGGCUACAUAGGACUUCUUGCCACAUUAUGUUUUAUUUGUGCUUUUUUGGCUCGAAAGCUGCCUGAUAAUUUUAAUGAAGCCAAAUUUAUCACCUUCAGCAUGCUAAUAUUCUGUGCUGUUUGGAUCACUUUUAUUCCAGCGUAUGUCAGUUCUCCUGGGAAGUUCAGUGUUGCUGUAGAAAUCUUUGCUAUUCUUGCUUCUUCGUUUGGAUUGCUGAUUUGUAUUUUCAUCCCAAAAUGUUAUAUCAUGUUGAUAAAACCAGAGAAAAAUACAAAGAGGAAUAUGAUAGGAACUGGACCAUCAAAAUAG